UUAUUAUCUCUCCUCAUAAACAAUUACUUGAGGGAUUAUAAAUUUCCCUCCAGUCCACAACUUAUGUCACCAGUCCAUCAGUAGCAGCUGUAUACUAUCGAUCACGCUCACCACCGAUCAGUCUGCCUGCUCUUCUGUCCGGACCCCGCUCUCUUUUGAGCCAUGGAAGGUGGCAGCAGCAGCAACCAAAAUAGCACUCUGACGGGGAAGAAGGGGAUUGCAGAGCUCUAUGACGAGUUCACGGUCAUUUGGGAGGAGAUGUGGGGAGAGCACAUGCACCACGGCUUCUAUGACCUCUCCGACGACCGCCUUGCCCUGAGCCGCACAAUAGAUGAGGCUCUUCGCUCUGCCUCUGUUCCUUCAGAGGAGGAGGAUCCGUCCAAGUCCAAGACACCAAAGAGGACAGUUGAUGUCGUUUGGGAGGUAUUCUGUGGAGAUCACAUGGACCACAACGACUCCUCUCCUGUCUCCUUCUCCAUCUCCCACGACCGCCUUGCUCAGGUCCGCAUGAUGGACGAGGCUCUCCGCUUUGCCUCUAUUCCUUCAGUGGAGGAGGAUCCGUUCAAGUCUAAGACACCAAACAGAAUAGUUGAUGUUGGGUGCGGGACAGGCGGCGAAUCUGUAUAUCUUGCCAGAAAAUAUGGAGCCAAAUGCUGGGGUUUCACCCUCAGUCCCUUCCAGGUUGAGAAGGCCAAUGCGCUUGCCAUAUUGCGGGGCUUAUCUGACCAGGUUUCCUUUCUAGUUGGAGAUGCUUUGUCGCAGCCAUUUCCUGAUGGACAAUUUGAUUUGGUUUGGUCCAUGGAGAGUGCAGAGCACAUGCCUGACAAAAAGAAGUUUCUCAAUGAGUUAUUAAGAGUUGCAGCCCCAGGGGGCACAAUUAUCAUUACCACAUGGUGCCAUAGAGAUCUCAAGGCCGACGAAGAUUCCCUGCAGUCGUGGGAGAAAGAGAUCCUGGACAAGUUUCAUAAAGAUUAUCACCUCCCUUUGUGUUCUAGAGAUGAUUAUGUCAAAUUACUCCAGUCCCUUCCUGUCGAGGAUGUUAAGACAGCAGACUGGACUCAACAUAUUACCCCAUUUUGGACGGGAGUGCGGCGUUCUGCAUGGACAUGGAGGGGCCUCAUGACUCAGUUGAGAAGGGGAGUGGAGACCGUGGAGGCAUCCUUGGCAUUGCCACUGGAGAUCAAAGCACAUUGCCAGAAAGGUGUCUUCAAGUAUUCGGUUAUCACAUUCCGGAAGCCUAAAUAAGCAGCCCACUUAGUUCGCAGAGUAGCCCGAUUUAAAAGCUAAGCAUAAUAAUAAUCUAUUACGAUUAAGAUUAAGCGAGGGUGCUCCCUGCAACUACUCUUUCCGUCUGCUUCUGUCUCCUCUCUGCAGAUCAGUGAUCUGCUCUCUGUUCCUUUUACUAGGGUGUGCACAGGUGCCGGGUAUACCCGGAAUCAGUAAGGACCUACUUGUUAGGGUAACAAAUCUAGGAACCUGUAAUAAGAGGUUUCGGUUCCGGUUCCUUUCUAUAAUGAAUUGAAAUCGGCACCCGAAACUAAUGUCCUUUAAUUAUUUAAUAUGUAUCCCCGAAUAAUUGUUUUGAAUGCGUGUGGGAUGUUAGAGCUUGAUCUGUCAAAUGAUUGUGUAGUGAUUUGUUAUGGAACAUUAAAUGAAUGGAUAUUUGAUGUUUAUGUGAUAUUGGAUAUUAGAGAAAUGGUUGGAAAA